AUGUUGAUAGCAAAAGAUGAGAUAUUCGGCCCAGUUCAAUCUAUCUUGAAAUUCAAGGAUCUAGAGGAGGUCAUAAGAAGGGCCAAUGCAACUUCCUAUGGCUUGGCUGCUGGAGUUUAUACUCGGAAUAUAGACACUGCCAAUACCUUGAUGCGGGCAUUGCGAGUUGGAACAGUAUGGAUCAACUGCUAUGAUAUCUUUGAUGCAGCAAUACCUUUUGGUGGGUAUAAAAUGAGUGGUCAAGGGAGGGUAAGGGGAAUCUACAGCCUUAGAAGCUACCUUCAAGUUAAAGCUUCUGUCACUGCUUUGAAGAAUCCUGCAUGGCUCUAG